AUGUCGUUUGCCGCGAUUAAUUCGGCUCCUCCGGCGCCCGCCGCUCCGAAUGCUGCCAUCGAGGAAGCAUUCGCAACGGUGCCGGCGCUCAAGAAACGAGUUUACGCUGCCAUCGACGAAUCUCCCCAGCACGCCUCCCUUUUCGAAGACAUCUCCCGAUUCACCUCUAGCCUGCUGGCCAGGCCUCCUACCUCCGCCCUCCCUCCCGCAUCUCCCGCCGACACCAACGGCCCUGCCGCAAAGAAGCGCAAGCUCGAAAAUGGAGUUGGAGCUCUGCAGCAAACCGCGCAGGCGCCCGUUGAUGUAAAAAGCAAGGACGCCCAAGUCCAAUACUACAUCCAAGAUGUGUCGUUCUCAAUCCCUCAGCGCAAGAAAUUUACGUUGGAGAUUACCUCCUCGCCGAGCGCGAUUCGCGCCCGGAACCAGUCGACUAAGGAAGUCGACUUUGGUAUUCCCCUGGACAAAAUCCGCCACGCCGUCUCCGUCGGGGUCCCCGAGAAGGCCCAAAAGCAGUACAACUUCUGCAUCAUUCCAGAAUUCGGCGAUGGAAUCACACCCCCGUCUGAGGGCACCACGGCUUACGAGCCAAUUGUUUUCACCAUCAACGACGGACCUGCAAAGGCCGCGUUUGCGGGCACCGGAAAAAAGGUAGCCCAGAAUGCUGACGAGUCGGCCGAGACCUUCCUUCGGAAGGCCCUGAACGAACACCUGCCAAACACAACGGUGAUUCGCCCCGAAGAGCGCCAGUUUGUUAGCGCCAACCCUGAGCCUCAUCGGACGGGCGAACACCGGUAUAGUGUGAAGGCGUUCCGGGGUAGCAAGGAAGGUAUGUAUACCAUGUUAUCCCUGCAACGAAGGGAAUCGGCUCUUGUGGAAUCAAACCCCCUCCUCUUUUUCUCCUUUGACACCAUCGAAUCGGUGUCAUAUACCUCCAUCCUCCAGCGAACAUUCAACCUCAACAUCCUUGCUCGUCCCCAGGGUGGUUCCGAAGAGGACAUCGUGGAGUUCGAGUUUGGGAUGGUUGACCAGGUUGACUUUGACGGCAUCGAUGAAUACAUCAAGAAGCACAGCCUUCAAGAUGCCAGUCUGGCCGAGGCUCGGCGCGCAAAGGUCUACAAUGUCAACCAUGACAAGAAGGCCGAGGCCGAGGGUGCGAAUGGUAUCGUCGAGGAAGAAAGUGAGCUUGCCAAAGCUCAACGAGAACUCGAGGAUGAAGAGGACGAGGAGGACGAGGAGGAUUAUGAUCCUGGUAGUGAUGGGGAGAGUGAGGGGAGUGGGUCGGAUGAGGAUGAGAGUGGUGAUGAGGAUGAUGAUGAGGAUGAGGAUGAUAUGGAUGAGGACGAGGAAGAUGACGGCCCUGGUGGCGAUGAGAAUGAGGAGUGA